CCACAUGCCACGAUUGACAUCGUAAAAAAACGCAUUAAUGGCAUGCGGAACUGCUAUAGACGGGAACUUUCAAAAAUAAAAAAAUCGACGAGGUGUGGUGCCGGCGGAGAUGACAUCUACAAACUAACGCUUUGGUAUUUUUACCAAUUAGACUUUUUACGUGACCAGGAAACGCAAACACCGGUUAUUAGUACAUUGGAGGAGAAUGAUUUUGAUAAUGAGGUUGAAUCUCAAAGAACUCGAAAGCGUAAAAAGUCUGACAAUAACUCAGAGUUUCUCGAAAAGGCCAUACAGCAUCUGGAUCAAGCCAAGAACUCAAAUAGGGAACGCGAUGAUGCUGACGUGUUUGCUGAAUCUUGGGCAAUUUUAUUUAGAAAAUUGUCAGCGGAGCAGCAAAUAUACGCAAAACGAGGUAUUGAAGAGAUCCUAGUACAUGGACAGUUGGGAAACCUUCAUAUGAAUUCUGUACAAAUAACCGUCUCUCAAAGAAAUCCAAGGACCUAUACAAUAUCCCGCGCCUCGACUCCAUGUUCAUCGUCGUCUAUUCCCGACCCUUUUCCUACAGUUUACACACAAGCACCGCAAUUACUUAUUUCAAGGCGCACUAUGCCACGAAAUGAAUACUCGCAGUCCGGGUUUGCAGAAUCACCAGAAUUUAUUCACUCAAAUAAUUCUGGGUCAGCGCAAUCUUUUGAUGAACUAUUUUCGGACGCUCAAUACCAGUGACUUUUCAUUAUUUUAAUUUUAAUUGUUAUUAAUUUUAUAAUUAAAUAAACGUUUAUUAAUAAACUAGCU